CAAUAUUUUUGUGUGUGAAGAAUUUCAGGAACAAGUAGUUGGAUUGGAACAUUGAAACAAGACGAUGAACCAAGAAAUGAGUGGCGUUGAGGAUCAAAUGAAACGUGUAAAUGGGGUUCAUCAUAAUGAGGAUAAAAUAGAUUAUGUGUUUAAGGUGGUGGUGAUUGGAGACUCUGCUGUUGGGAAAACUCAGGUUCUUUCCAGGUUUGCUAAGAAUGAGUUCUGUUUUGACUCAAAAUCUACAAUUGGUGUUGAGUUUCAGACUAGAACUGUUUCUAUUCAGUCUAAAGUGAUUAAGGCUCAGAUCUGGGACACUGCUGGACAAGAAAGAUACAGAGCAGUGACAAGUGCAUACUACAGAGGAGCGUUAGGAGCCAUGUUAGUUUACGACAUAACAAAGAGACAGACAUUCGACCAUGUAGCUAGAUGGGUUGAGGAACUCAGGGCUCACGCCGAUAGUUCCAUUGUGAUCAUGUUGAUCGGUAACAAAGCUGAUUUAGUAGAUUCGAGGGCUGUUCCAACUGAAGAUGCGGUUGAAUUUGCAGAGAGGCAGGGCCUAUUUUUCUCUGAGACAUCAGCUCUUAGCGGCCACAAUGUGGAAUCAGCCUUCUUUAAACUUUUGGAAGAAAUAUUCCACAUGGUAUCAAGGAAGACUUUGUUGGUCGCUUCUGGUGCUAAUGGAAAUUACCUCAAAGAGACUAAUAAUGGAUUGCUUAAAGGAUUGAAAAUUGAUGUUAUUUCUGGUCCUGAUUUUGAAGUUAGUGAGAUGAAGAAACUAUCUUCUUGCUCUUGCUAAAUAUAUAUUUAAACAAAAAGAUU